UCCGAACGCAUAAACGAAUAACAUCAAGUCCUGUGGUACCAAAUAUGGAUUUAAAAAUCGUCACUUGGACCAAUGACGAAAAAUGGACUAAAAAUAGAUUGAACCGGACCCAAAAUUAUUUCCAAACAACCACCAUAUAUCCUAACCACCGUAUACUAUAUGUUAAUCUAACAAUUUGUUGAAAUGCUUGACUUCAUGCGAGAUUAUUAAAACCUACAAUAAAAUAAAAUAAACAAUGAAGAAAGUGUUGAGAAUGUUAUGCAAACAUGGCCAGCUCGACUUUUAUUUGUUGGAAGAAGUUGUCUUCUUCUUAAACCAUUUUUGUAUUUUGUGGUUGAUAUUAAGGAUGAAACAAACAUCAAUCUUUGGUCAGAAAAAAAAAAAUAAAUUGUCGUUGAGAAAUGAAAGGAAGGGCCUACGUAAUGAUCUUCUUCUUCUGGGCUCUUCUCACAAUAAUCACCCCAAUGCUUGUUAGCUGGUCUCAAGCUCUCAAAAAUCUUCCACCACUCUCUCAUGAUCAAGAACAAAAAAUCAAAGACACCAGUCCAAGGCGAAUGAUGGGAUAUACAGAAGAAAUGCAUUUGGCACAAGAGUUUGUUAGUCACAUAAAAGAAGAGAAGUUGAUGAUGGUGCCGUCCAUGGCGCCGACUCCUGAAGAUAACCCUGUUACGCUUUCAUUACCUUUCUUGCGAAAAAAACAACAAGACGGAUUAGUCGUUGAACGUGCACAUCCCAUUAGAUUGCAAUAAGUUAAAAGAAAUUCUUUCUUUUUCUUUGUUUAUUUUGGCGAUUAUUUACAUCAUCUUUAUUGAUCAAGUAAGUGUUCAUAAUGACUCCGGUUAUUUUUUUAAUUAUACGAAACCUAAUUAAUCCUAUUCAUGGCAGAGCAGUUCUUG